UCUCCGCGGUCACGGCGCUCCGUGCCGAACGCGGGGCUCUGUGACAGGCGGUGCGAGCGCGGACGGGAGGGAUCGCCCUGCGCCGCGGCCAGCUACAUCACCGCUGACAGCUGCAUUUGACCCGCCUCGGAUAGUGGGCGCACCAGAUCCUCUGCGUACUAAGAUCGCAGCCGCCAGCCCUCCUGAAAUGAUUUCGCCUACUGUGGCUUUUUGAUGGACGCGCUUGGCCCAUGCUGAUGUAGCCUGCGGGGUUUCUGCAGUAUCCCGUUGGUCCACGGAGCCGGACCGGGAAGAAAGUACCGAGUGGAAAUAUUCGGCUGGAUCGCGCCUCGGCGACGGGGAUCGCAAAGUCUUAACGCCAGUCUGUGGCAGCAACGUGAUGCGGACAAUUAAUAGUGAUGCGUCUCAUUCGCAAACCACGAGUAAAUUGCACUAGCCGUGUUUGAUGGCUGCCGCUGACAUUAGUUAAAAUUCCCUAGAUUGGAGGAGCUGAUGUUUAACAGAUACGGUCCGUCCUGGAGGAACCCCCCCACUCUUGCGAAAGGUGGUGGAGAAGCUCUCUAGAUCCAGGGCUGGGCGGGGAGGGCCCAUCCUACAGCCUGAAGUGGGACGUCAUGCCACUUAAAGCCCACAGCAGCCUACUGGUCCUGGGACAGGGAUAGGGGCAGGGUCAAGCCGGCAGCCAUCAGCCCAUCGAAGGACGCCCAUUGUUCACGCUAUGAGGGCGUCUGUGGCUCGUUUGUCCGGGAAAUCAAACUGGCUGUAACCAGUGCAGCGUGUUCACUUGUAUUAGCCUGGGUAUGUGGGUGGGGCCUGUGCUGACAUAAGAGACUAGAAAUUUUCAGCCAGUUGGAAAACGUACCAUGCCAGCCAGUGCCGGAAAAUUUGGAACGUCCAUUUUUUUUUUGAUGCUUUCUGAAAGCUGUGACUUCCUGUGAGAUCCCGGCUCUCCUCUAACGUUCCUCCUCCCCUCUUGGUGGCGCUGCUGUGUCUCUUGCUGCCUGGUGGUUUGGAGCACAGGCUUAGCCCCGGAGGUCAGCGGGAGCUGGCUUCACCGUAUCUGAGCGGCACGGCGGCGAGGGAUGGCGCGCACCCUGCUGAGGCUCCGCCGCUAUGUCCGCCGCAGACCUCUGCGCUUUCUCUCCUUCGUCCUCCUCUACCUCACGGCCGGCGGCAGCCUGGUCUUCCUGCGUGCCGGCGAGACAGCCUCGGGUGCUCAGGGGUCCGGGCCAGAGAUGGGCCGGGGGGGCCCGGAGGGCCGGGGCCUUGGGUUGAUCAGUAGGGUCUUCAGAGAGGGCCGUCGACCUCCGCGAAGGUACAACCCACCCUGGCUGAAACAGGACUCCCAGGAUCUGUCCGCGAGGGGAGGGCGAGAUGGAGACCACACUGGGGGGUGGAGCCGUGCCCUAAAGGGGCGGAGCAUGAAAGACUCAGAGGAGGGGCGAGCAACGUACCUUGGCUGCUAUGCCGACAACACCCACAAGAGGGCCCUGCGUGGGGCAUCCUUCUUUGACUACAAGAAAAUGACGGUCUUCCGUUGCCAGGACAACUGCGCCGAGAGGGGCUACCUGUAUGCGGGACUGGAGUUCGGUGCUGAGUGUUACUGCGGCCACAAGAUCCAGGCGGCCAAUGCUUCGGAGGGCGACUGCAACAUGGAAUGCAAAGGCGAGAGGGGAAGGAACUGUGGCGGAGCCAACCGGCUCACCAUCUACCGGCUGGAGCUGAGCCAGGACUCGGCCCGCCGCUACGGGAGCGCCGUCUUCAAAGGGUGCUUCAAGAAACCUGAAAACGUGACUCUGGCCCUCCCCAUCGCAGCGGUAUUCCUCAACAUGUCUGUCGACAAGUGCGUGGACCUCUGCACAGAGAAGGAGUUCCCGCUGGCCGUCCUGGGGGGGGCCGUCUGCAGAUGCGGCUUCCCCACGGCACAGUUCUCGCUGCACGAGCGGGAGGAUGAGGAGAUGUGCCAGCGGUAUUGCCCUGGCGACGAGGCGGAGAAUUGCGGCACGGAUGACUACUUCCUGGUGUACCAGACGCAGGUGCAAGACAAACGCUGCAUGGAUCGCCACUUCCUGUUGUCACGAACGAAGCGCCUGACAGCACUGGCCAGCUUUCCUGGGGCGGGAAACACGUGGGCGCGGCAUCUGAUCGAGCUGGCCACGGGCAUCUAUACGGGCAGCUACUACUUUGACGGCUCGCUCUACAACAAAGGCUUCAAAGGAGAGCGAGAUCACUGGAGGAGUGCCAGGACCAUCUGCAUCAAGACACACGAGAGUGGCAGGAAGGAGAUCGAGGCCUUUGAUGCCGCCGUCCUCAUCAUCCGUAACCCCUACAAGGCCUUGAUGGCGGAGUUCAACCGCAAGUACGGCGGCCAUGUUGGAUUCGCCUCACAGACCCACUGGAAAGGGAAAGACUGGCCAGAGUUUGUGAGGAACUACGCCCCCUGGUGGGCAUCCCACACCCUGGACUGGCUUCGCUACGGGAAGAACGUGCACGUAGUCCACUUCGAAGACCUGAAGAGGGAGCUUUUCGGCCAGCUGAAGAAAAUGGUGGUCUUCCUGGGCCUGGGGGUGUCUGAGGACCGCCUGCUGUGUGUGGAGGGCCAAAAGGACGGCAACUUCAAGCGCUCCGGCCUUCGCAAGCUGGAGUACGACCCGUACAGCCCCGAGAUGCGGGCCACCAUCGACGACCUCAUAAGGGUGGUGGACAAGGCCCUGAGGGAGAGGAGACUGCCAGGGGUUCCAGAGGAAUACAGUCCAAGAUAAUGGUCAUGCUUCCCAGCCAUUUUCUCUCUGCACAUCUCCAUCCUUAAUUAGUUUUGGUUGUAAAACAAUGUAAAAAAAACUAACUAGUCUCAAAAUGCAGAGGCCCUCAAAGGAAGUCUGUUGCUUGGAAGGACCUGUCCUGAUGGGGGAGUGGGGGGGGGGGGGAUUGUAAAACUAUUACAUGGAUUUUGCGCAUCAGUCAUAGCUGACAAUCACGGGUCUCCCUUCCACGCAUGUGCGUCCGCUGGGUUUCGCCUUGACGACAGGAAAGCCAGUAGCUGGUGUAUUUAUAGUCAGAUCCAAUUAAUUUCCAUUCGUUUUUUUCCCCGGAAUUUUAACAAAGAAGGUUGUGCUGCUAUUCCUAAACCCUAAACGAAAAAGUCUCCUUUUAUAGACUUCAAAUAUACAAAUAUCAAAUAAUAGUGUUAUUUUUGAGAUGAAACACAAAAAAAAAACAGCAACCGGCAUUUUUUAUAGUCUGUGGGACCGUCGCAUGUGAUGUGUAUAGAAGUGAGUUUUUUUGGGGGGGAAAUGGGGUUUUGACAAAAAUAUAAAUAUAUUUUUUAAAAAUCCAUCUCUGACGAUAUAAACACUUUUCUUUGUUUGAAAAGCUAAAGGACAAGUGUGGAAUGUAGAAGUAAACAAGACAGGUCGACGAUUUAGAAGAAUGUAUGACACAUAUGGCUAAAUCCUGGCAGAGCAACAUUGUUAGUCCAAAAAGCAGUAUAAGAACGGUAACAGAAACUUUCCCGAAGCUUUCUUAACGCUACGUCAUUCGUAAGUUCUGUCUUUUAACGUAGAACUUACGAACGACAUAGAGUUAAGGCUUCGGGAACAAGUUCUCUCUGCUACAUCCUCAGUCAUUUGCUUAUAGUAACUCACAGUAACUCAAUAACCAAAUAAAUCACAGUGCAAUCAGUCUAGGUGGCAACUGCAAAUGUGGCAACCAAACCAAAACUAACACACACACAGCACUUUCAUAAUGGUGUAACAAAAUUCCUGGCCAUCUGUUGUACACCUGCUUGGUACUAAUAGCUACUAAUAAUUUUACCUUUUAGCUAAGGUGAAAUUUCCUUUGCACUUUGAGCAUCUACCUAAUCAUCCAGCUGUUGGGGGGUUCUUAGCAAUAUUUUUCUGAUUCUAUGUUCGACAAACACGCCACUCUUCAGAAAUUAUACUUCAGUGGUAAUUUAAAGUUAGUCUGUCUGUCUGACACAGAGCUAUCGGUCUCCUAGAUUAUUUCUGCCAAGGCUGAUUCUCGAUGCUGGUUUGAAUCAGACCGGACACCUGCCUUUGAUGUCUCCAUAACUGAACAUUUCCCACGGGUAUUCUGGGUAACGGACGACCUUCACUUCAUCAUAGGGGAAAUUUCUCAACACACAACAAAGACUCCUUUCUCGUAGAGCAUAUAAGAAUACUGAAACUACAAUAUUACUAACACACUGUAUGACAAUAAACAAAUGUGGGUUCCUGCAGGCACCAAGCUUGAUAGACGUAAAUACAUAAAAAUAUGUAUAUGUAUAUUGAGGAAACAAAUUCUAUUUUCCCUAUUUUUUGCGGAAGCAAAGCCUAAUAGCUUAAUGCAGGUCAUCAGUUGUUGAUAAUGAGUUCAAAACAUUCAGUGAAUUUUUAGUGUUUAUGUGUUCCUUGGAAAGGUACAUUUAAAAUGACAAACCUAAAAAUAUUGAUAUGCAUUUAUAUCUAUUAGCAACUGAAUGAUUGAUUAUUCUUUAGAAAUAUUGACAUUCUUUAGAUGCACAAAUUAUUCUUAUUGAGUCUCAUUUCUGCCCUUACUAGCACCUUAGACGAAGCGAUCUGUAAAAUCACAGGGUCAUCGCUGAAUUCCUAUGAUUGGCUGGAAACAUGAAAAAGGCCCAAUAAGCGUGAGGAUGGGACCUUAUUGGAUGCUUUGGUGGCCUGGUAAUCUGCCCCUUACAUCUCCCCAGAAAUCCUUAUAUUAUACUACGAUUCUCCCAAGCAGCUUCAUUUGUUACCCCAUAAAAUAAUUCAUAUUAAUUCAUUCAUCACCUUGGUUUUGUGUUUCCUACUUAUUCAAUGUUUCUCAAAUUACUUACAUUAUUAUUAAAUAAUUGACAAUCUUUAUUUUUCUAAUUCAAUUUUUCCUACUUUUAUCCAAAACUUUAAUGACGAACAGACAUACAGAUAACCCCACUACCUUUAAUUAAAUGAAUUUUAACAGAUACCAUCUGUAAACAAACCAAAUGAUAUUGAAUCAUUUUUCUGGAAAAUAUAAAUAAUUAAAAAUGAAAUUACUCUGGUGUGCAGGCCCAAUAUGAGAUCCUGAUAUGAUUGUCUGUCCAGAUGCACAGUAUGCCAGUAUUAAUCAAAUGUUUCGAACAGCUUAUUUUGAUUUGCUUGGCAUACAUCUGAUUGCUCAUUAAAGAUUUCCCUGCAAUUAAUUAUUAAAUUGUAAGGAUAAGGCUGUUUCUUGUUCAUAUGCUUACCGUUUGCGGAACGUAGUUGAAAAACAGCUGAAAUAUAUCAAGCCAUAAAUGAAUCCUUAUUUCCCCAAUUGGCGAUGUCAACGUGCUCCAGAAAGCCACAGCGCUGGGUGUCACCAGGAAAGUCUGCGGCGUGUCGUGCUGCUUCUGUCAGCGUGCCCAUCCCGAGGCUCAGCAGCGCCGGCGACCAGGCGAGGCUGCCCUCAUGCAGAAAAUGCGACAAGGUGCAAAAGCCACACGCGCCGCAGUAUGAGCUGCAUAAAUUGGACAGGCUGUGAUGUGAGCAUGUGGGGAAAACAGCAAUGGUGUUUUUCUAGUAAUGUUAAUAAUAAUAAUAGUUAUGAGGUGGCAUGGCACAGGCAGGAAAAUAUGACGAUUAUGAAAUAUGACUUACAGCAACAAGACAAAGAUGCUUCAUUAAAGAAAAACAGGACAUAAAGGUGCCUUGGGGGAGGAGGGUCAAAAAUAAGACUAACCUAAAGAAACCACAAGUAACACAACUAAAGAACUGGGAAAACUGGGGAGCAGGACUAGAAAACCAAGCAGAGUUUACAGUGAGCACGAGCACAAGCACGAUUGACUGGGGAAAUGAACAAAGGCAGACACUUAAUUACUCAGGUAAUGAGGACUAACAAAGGGCAGGUGUGAAUCAUCAGAAACAUUACCCAACAAUGCUAUGGAACUAGGCAGAGGUGAAACAAUUGCAAUUAAUGAAGAGCAAGAACCAUGAAAUGUAACAAACAGUAAGGGGUAACAGCUCUAGGGACGACUGGGAACAUAAGGUUAUGCAAACAGAAAACCAGGUACGACAGGGUAAAUCAAAAGUAAGGACAAAGAGCAAAGGCAAAGAUACACAAUACCAAAUACAGGAAAAAGCGAUAAUACUUAAAUAACAGAUGAGGCUGACCUCGGGUCAGUAACACCUGCUGGCCAAGCGGGGAAGACAUGAAGGACAGGGAUGGAUGGGCACUGACAGGGCGAGUUUCUAGCUACUGAAAAGAUCAAGGGCUUGACCUUUUGUUUUUUUUUGAAGGGAGAUUGGCAAUUGGGGCUAAAAUACUCGGGGCUAGACUGCUUGGGGCUGUAGCCCCCAGUGCAUUGACCCUGACAAGUAAUAAUAAUAAUAAUAAUUAUUAUUAUUAUUAUUAUUAUUAAGACAAUAAUAAUUAUUGUUAUUAUCAUUGUCAUUAUUGUUAUCUAUUAUUAUCAUUAUUAUAUAUGAAUAUUAUAAUAAUGCACAUUUUAUUAGACUCUUUGGAGUUAUCAGUGAUUCCAGCAGUAAAAAUCAAGCUGGGUCAGUUUUGGAUGGAUGGAUUUUGUGGGCAGUGUAUGUUGGGUUAGUCCUUCCAUUCUCUGUUUAAGUCCGUAAAACCGUGGCAUCUGGUUCUGCAUGGGGGAGUGCAUUUUUUUAUUCGUAAAAUACAAACGUGGAUUGUAGGAGAAUGGGGAUUCCCUGUGGUAUCGCACUUUGAAGAGAAAGGGGAUUCCCGGCGGUAUCGCACUUUACUGAGGUACGCUCAGACUGUACCCAUUUAAUGUCUCCUCAUUUCCUGAUUUUCAGCACCACUGUGAGGUUAACAGAUUGCUUUCAUGCUCAAACUUUAUUAAUUUUGACCCCAAAUACAAAUGUAUGUUUAUAUUUUCCCAAGUGAUUCUGUAUAUAAAAUGUAUCUAACUUUUGCUGAUGUCCUCCUUUCCACGUUGCCCAAAAAUCAAGGUUUUAAACUCCCACAGAUUUUUACCACCCAAAAUCACUCUAACUUUUUAGCAUGAAUGGUAACUGAAUACUGUGUUUAAAAGGAGUUGCUACAGAUGUGGAGUUUGGUAUCUCGCACUCCUAAACGGGGCCUUGUGAUGUAGACGCUGGUGGUCAGCCGUUUCCAGCAUGUUUUUGACAUCAAAUGCUUUGGCAUCUGAGGCAAACUGGUUCAUUUUGGAUUUUAAUUGCUGUUAUAAUUGUGCAUUUCUGGGAUUCCACAUUGCUUGUAACCAGAAGAAACUGUGGGGUUUUUUUUAAUACAUGCUGCAUUUUUCACAAUAAAUCCUGACAAUGUG